UGACCACAAGGCGUGACGCAUUUUGCAUGCAAUGGGCGCCUCCGCUGGACCGGCGGGGUACCGUCAGCUACUGUCUAGAGCGUGCCCUGUCGUCGCGCUGCUGCUUGCGUUAUUGAUAUGACCUUGCGGCCAGACAACGGCUUCGCCGGGGGGUACUUGACGAGAACGGAUGCGUGACGAGCGCUUGGCUCAACACUUUUCUGCGGUGGCCGACGCGACGAGCGCAGCAGCAACAGGUUUCAUUAAAAUGUCGAAAACAUUGGAAAGAAAGCACUCCGAGCGGAUCUGCAGAAACGGCGAAGUGAACAAGACGAGGUCUAGAAUGCCAGAAGCGGCGGAUAUCGUGGAAGUGCUGAAGAAACGAUUAGCCUUCCUGUCGGGUGGGGUUGACAAAAACGGCUGCACGUUGCUAUGUGUACCUGCACCAUGUGAUGACUUCAUGUUACAAGACUUCAGGGAAACACUAGUCUACCUUAGAGGACUUAUGGAUGAAGAUGAUGAUGGGAAGGUGACUGUGGUGCUGCAAGGAGACAGCACUUGGGGCAAGAAACUUGAAUGUGUCAAGGCAACACUACAGGAAGUACUGGGGUCAAGGUUGAAUGCCAUCCUAGUCCACCACCCUCACAAGUCCUGGGACGCGCGGUCGUCUUUUAGAGAAAAGCAUGCUUCAUUGCUGAAGAAUGUGACGCAGCCCAAGCUGUUCAAACUAGUCAGUCCUCUGCAGUUGACACCUGAAUUUGGUGGUACCUUGCAGUACGAUCAUCUUGACUGGUUAAGCAGGCAAUUAGCUGUGGAGAAGUACGUGAAGGAGGUUCAGCUUCUGGUGAAGCACACUGAUGGUGCACUGAGUGCCUGCCGCAGUCAGCAGAGUUCGGCCAGAUCUCCUCGAAUUCCCCUUGAAAUUGGCCCUACCAUGGUGGAGGUGAUUGCCCGAACAAUCCAAAGUGGCCAAAGGUUGCUGGACAGCCUUCAGGUGGACGUGGAAUUUGGCUUCAAGUCUCACUGUGGUCGGAGAAUGGCUAAGGAAAGGGCCAGUGCAUAUCACAAGGUAAAAACUGCCCUGGACACGGUACUAGAGCUGCAGCAGUCCUUCCAGGAAGAGUGGGCUAAGGAACUGGAGGCGCUGAAGAGUACCCGGCUCCUGGAAGGGUUCUUUGCAGAAGUAGACACACUGAUUGACUGGACAACAAAUGAACAAAACAGUCUGAGGCAGUCGCAGAACUAUUUCGACCUAGAGCGAGCCAAUGCCACAGCAAUGGAAAUCUUUGCUCGCUACUCCAAGCUGCGUCAGUGGUCAGCCAGUCUGUGCAAAGACCUGCCGUCCGAGGCAGACAGCAUAUGCGCUGCCAUGAAUAGGCUCGACCUGGCCUGCGAGGGCCUCACUUCUCAGUUCACAGGACGCAGCAGAGAGGGACUUUCACCAACGUUGGAGCACGAGUUACAACAGUUUCUGGAGCUUGUCAACACCACAGAGUCACGCCUGAGGGCUUCUUGUGACGAACCCAUCACAUCAACAGCACAGGUUGAAAAGCUUCUCACGGAGCUUCAGGAAACAGAGAUGACGAUAGACAGCCAGCUGCAGUCACUGCUGGACACAUUCUACAGCCACGGCGAGAACACCGAGGGAGAAGCGUGUUGGCUUGCUCGCGAGCAGGUUGUCCACGUCAAGGGCCAACUUGCCACUAGAAAACAAGCGCUCAUUCAGGCAGGGCAGUUUCUGUGCUGUGAGGAAAAUGCACUUCAGCUGGUGACGUGGCUCGACAAACUCUCCGUUCGCCUCCAGCCCAAAUUUGGUCAGGAUGGCUAUGAGCUCACGGCGGCAGAGCACUCCAGGCUCGAUGAGCUGGCUCGUGGCACGUAUCAUUACGGUUUGAGGCUCCUGGACGAUGCUGUGAGGUUAAGAAAGCAGGUGUGUGCCGUGACAACACCGAGCAACCGAGUCGCAGACGCUCUCUUCGAUGCCUGGAUGAACUACGUCGCCAUCUCCAAGAGCCUGAGAAAUCCGCAGCGAGCUGGUGGCACACUUGAUGUUCCAGGCGUUAGAGCAUCCAUCAGCUAGUUUGGCAGGCAAGAAUGGUGCCUUUGCUGCUACUACUAAGGAACAAAAGGUGCGAGCAACGAAAAAGAUAAACAAAAUGGAUGGUGCUGGCUACAGGAAGACUUGCAAAGACAAGCCAGUGGAAUUUCUUGGAAAUAUGCCGCUGGUGAUGUACCAUGAGCCAAGCUUAAGCGCCUGCCUCCAAAGCUGCGGUCUCACAAUUCACGUGGACGGGCAGCGAAUGUUUUUAUUCAGCACUAACCAAAGAACGGGAAGUAAGUAGCAGAGAGAUGCUACUUAAGCAGCAGCAGGAGCCAGUGGAGCGCAGCGAAGAAACGCUGCUUCUCUCGUGGCACCGUCUUCGAGCUCAUCAUGCAGCCCUGCAAGUGUGAAUGGAAAAGGCAACGUUAAACCUGGCUGCAGCCUUUGUGUUAAAGGGGCCCUGCAACGCUUUUUCAGCGUGGUCAAAAAAAAUUUGCAGUGGCUUAGCUCGGCUAUGCCAGGAUAUACGUAGCAUUAGCAAAGGUUCAGCUGAUUAUUCUUAGCUUUCCAGAUUGUCUAGGAUUAUUAGCCUUCUUCUGUUCAUUCUUCGUACGCUGAACCGCUAAUUGCCAGGCAGCUACUUCGGGAUCCGAUGAGAUAAGCUUCUCGGCUCUUCUGCGCCGUCGAGCAGCAUUUGCGCUCUCCUUAUCCAUGGCGUUACCCACCUGCAAACGCCAGUCAGAAGCGCUAUCAAGUGGCCCCAGCGCAGUGUCAGACGGCGACUGCACAGCAAAGGCGAAUAGCUGCGCGCGCGCCGGCGCCACUGUGUCUAUGGCCAUGACGUCACUCCUCUCGAACGCGGCGCAGACCAGCAGCGGCGAGCCAUACGAGGCGGCGGCGGAGUCUGCACGCGCGCCGGCGCCAGUGUGUCUGCCGCACCUUCGACGCCACUCCUCCUGAACGCGCAGACUAGCAGCGGCGAGCCACGCACGGCAGUGUCGGAGGGCGCAUGAGAUAGCAGCUCCGGUGACCCAGCUGUGUGACAUCACUGAUCCUCGCGCAUGCGCAGCACGGCUCAUGACCCUCCACGCGAAAUCGGCUCCGGCUAGGCAAGUGUAGCUAACGCUACAAAAUGCUGCCACUCGGCAGUCAAUGCUACUGAGAAAAUGAGAGCGCAGCACGUGGCCUGGACUUUACAAUCAAUUCUCAAAGUCAGCUAGAUUUCGCUCGCUCUUCUCUCGGCAAAUGAUGCUAUAAACCCAAAGUCCAUGGCUGUCGGCCAAUUUGAGCAUCGUGAGCUGCAUAGCUACUGCGGCCGCUGUGAAAUGCCGCAACGUGCCAUGCGCACGCACACGGUCACUCUGAAACUAAACCACGCAUUAGAAGAAAAAAAAGAAAAGUAUUCAAGGUCAUGACGCACGCUGACAAACGGACGUAGGUUCUUGGCCUCUUGUCACCCCCCCCCCCCUCCGCUUAGCUUUCAGCGAGCUCGCUGGUGUGAAAGAAGAGAAAAAGCAUUUAAGCUUGCAACAAAUCCCUGCAACUCCGCUCGUAGUUGACUGAAUCUAAAAAUUUUUACGGCAUUCGAUUCGUGAGGCAAUAAACUCCUUUAGUGAAGCUAUUUGAUGAUUACUUGUAAAAGUGUUUCAGGACCCCUUUAAAGGAAAACUAAAGGCUAAUGAAAGGCUUAUGCAAAGUCUGGACAUGUGGUGCCCGCGAAGAGAGAACUUAUAACUCCUGCGCAAGAUUUAAAUGCUGUUUGAAUCUGAUGAUAUUGACACUUACAUAAUGACAUAAGUUUACUCCUACCCUACGAAAUUUCGUGUCGUUUGAAGAAAACAUUUGCAUCAAGUAAGCUAGGGCAACUUGUUCUGGUGUGUCUCAAAAGAUAUUUUACAUUCGAACUUGAAUAUAUCAAAUCUGAAGUAGGUCAUGAAAGAAUUAUGUAUAUAUGUAAUUUGAUAUACUAUAAGGUAUCUUAUGUAUCGAAAAUAUAUACAAGGGGAUUUUACAACAAAGUGUUUGAUCUACACUUUAAUUGAUUCGUUAUAUGUAGGUUCGAUAUAUGCGUGUUUGACUGUAUUUUAUUCCUCUGAAGAGCACCAAAAAGGAAAUGCAGGAACAGCAAGAAAAGCGUAAUACUAUACAAAUUGUAGAUUUUUCAAGCGGGCUUAUCUUUUACGCAAGGCUGCCAUAUAUCCUUUACUAGAAAGCAACGGCCAGUACAAUUAUUGGGUUUAGGAUAACAGCCAUAUUUUUUGUAGACAGCUUAUUGGAUUUUUGUCUAACUUGAGUCUCAGCUCAGCUUGGGAUGGAUGAGUAUUCAUUGCUUAUUUAUGCAGUCAUUAUCUGAAAGCUUUCAUGUUUAUCAUAAGUAAACCAAAUUUUAGCAGUGUUACACCUAGUAGUAGCAGAUGUCUUGCGCAUGCUGUAUAAAAUGUCUUUAUUUGAAUUCUUUCACACGUAGUUACUUCUAUUUUAAGUAAAGUACAUCAGCUUUUACCGUGCGUCAUUUCACAAAUCUAAUGUCACUAGACAUGGUGAAAGAAAAUACAUUUUUCUCUGUGACAGAGUCAUUAAUUGCUGAGGAGACACUAAAUUGAGAGGGUAAAUCUGCCACAGUUUAAAUUUCCGGAGAAAAAGGGAGAAAUAUUUUAUUGCUUAUAAGUUAGCACUGCAAUGAACAGUGCACACUUCGCUGGAGAUCUUAGAAAACGUAUGCAUAUCACAAUAUUGCUUGACGUAGCUUGUCAUUUUGCUUUAAUAGAGAGAGUCGCUUACAGAACAACCAUUGUCUCUCUCUCGCAACUUACAGCUUUCUUUACUGCUUGUGAAACACCAUAGUCAUUGCGAAUUUUGUAGAAUUCAAAGUUGGCAAGAUUUGUACUAGCAUUUUAUGCCAUAAUGGGAUGGGUGCAUUCCGGCAUGAUGGCGUGAUGUUCUGGCAGCUUUCGCGAAAUGGCAUGUCACUUUUUGCAUGCGCCGCAUGACAAAACGUGCAGCCAAGGGCAUUCUUCAGUAGCGUCAUUUCACUUGUGAUAGCGAGUUAUACUUAGUGUUCGCACUGGUUUGUGAAGCUUCUUGUCUGCAGCCUCCUGUGUGUCAAGUGUACCUCCAAGAUGAGCGCUCAUCUAGCGUGUUGCUUCCACUGUAACGUUACACUUAGUGUUCAUGUUUGGUGCUCACACAUUGUUGUGUCAACGUAUCCAAAGCCUUUCAUGUGUUGUACGUGUAAUCUUGUAACAAAAGACAGGCUGCAAGAAUCGCGGUGGCACGCACCAAGAUCUUUCAGGCAACAGCCGCAAUUCGCCGAGUGCACACUAGAUGGUGCCGCGUUAUUGCACUUUGCCGAACAAAGUGCUUUAUACUCUGGGCUUUGCUAGCGCAACUUUUCCAAUGUGCACUCAAAGCACCAAAUCAAGAGUGCAUGUAUCAGUAGGACUGUGCAACAGGUGCCUGAACUUGCUAGUCUGUUCAGUCAGUUUCAUUGGAGGACCUUACAUUGGAGGAACUUACUAGAUUUUUUUUAAUUGCUUGUUUCUUAAGCAUGUGCAUUUAGCAUUUUAGAUUUGCCUUUUAGGCAAAAGCUGCAUUAGAAAGUGAAAAAGAUACAUAGGAAGGAUUAUUAAAGGAGGUAAAAAAUAAGUUCUACGUAUUGAUAAAACAGUGCAUUGAAUACUGUCAUAGCAAGUGGUCUAUGGAGAUCAUCUUCAGGUGUGCAUUUAAAGGUAGAAAGAUGGCAUUUAUGUUAGUGUUCCCUUUCAAAAAGAUUAGCUGUUCAGAGCAAGCAACCAUGGCUGUUGCCGUGUUGUUUGAGGUUAUAGGGAAUUGCACAUAAUCUGUCACCAUAGAUCUGGUAGCACAAGAUAUCCUUAUGGCAAGAGUGCUAAGUGAACUCAGAAAUAUGCUGUUGUGUCACGGUUUUGCCUGCUUUCUGUGCUUGGAAAUGAGAUAUUUUUGUUGACUCUCGACUCAGUGUUUCCCUUUUCUUCUCUGUUUCAACAGAAACAAUUUGUUGCAGUUGAAUAUCUGGAGGUAGUCUUCGCGUGCAUGGACAUCCUUUAAGUGGUCGCGUUAGCACGAAUAUAAAAUUUUAGGGAGGCCCGGUUAGGUUGUGGCCACUAAGUGGCUAGUUUUUGAGAAGCUUUCAAUAUUUCAUUGAGUAGUGUUAGUCAGAAUUGAAGACACACAUUGACAGACAAUGUCACUGAGUGGAGACAGUCUUUGCCUCAUAUUAGUCAAGACACGGCUGUCAGCACAACUCAUUAUAUGAAGGUUCUCACUUCGUCACAGUACUAGUAGUUUCGCUUAUGCAUGUACUGCAAAUGCCUGGGAUUAACAAGUGUGGUGGCUUGACAGCUAUUGCUUCUCACCGCUCAGCACAAGGUUGCAGGUUCAAUUCCCGACAACGGCGGUCGUAUUUUGAUGUGGGCAAAACGAUAAAAUGCUUGGGUACUUAGAUUAAGGUGCACAUUAAGGGAUUCUAGGUGGUCAAAGUUAAUUUGGAGCACCACAGUAUGGCAUGCCUUAUAACCAUGUUGUGUAAUCAAUGCUCAACAUUCUGGAGGACGAAAAAACAAAGAACACUGACAAGGGCAAUUGUUGUUUCUGUCAUUUUGUAGUUUCAGCAUUUAAAACCCCAACGCCUAUUAUUUAGCUUCACUGCAGUACAGUCAUGUGGUGCGGUGAGGUAUACAAAUAGAGGGGGGGAAAAAGCUAAAUGCCAUGCAGUAAAGCACGCUACCAGGGGCCUGUGGCAAACUCUGCUGCAAUCCCUUUUGAACUAUGUAUGCAUGAGUUCGACUGUAUUGGCCAAACACUGAGAUAUCUCUGUGAACUCAUGUGGAUUCUUUACCAGUAGAUCUUCUUUGACUUUAUACAUUGACGAGCUCUUAAUUUGACAUUUUUUAGCUGAUUGUGUGAGAUACAAAAUAAUGAGAUUUUACAGUACAGGGGCAGGUUCACAAGGUUAUUUUUAGUACAGCAUUUAAUCGAGUUGCAAACGAGGUGGAAACAGGGUUUACUAGUGCUCGAGUAGGUGGUUGUGCUGGAUUUUUGGCUAGACCAUUUUUGUAUCAGUCUUCUGUCUUUGUGCCAGUAAUUUUCAUGCCUGCCUUCUGAUACAUAUCGAGCUACUAGACAGCACCGUUCCAUUCAUUUCUCAAUUUCAUUUCAUGGUUAAAAUCACUGCCACCAUUCACCUUUCUUGAAAUAGCCAAGGUGACUGCAACCUACCGUGAAGAUCCUGUACAACUAUGCUGCUGAGUACAACAUUCUUUUUCCACCACUGCAACAUUCCAGUAGGGACAAGAUAAUAUGCAAACACCAUUGUGCAGAUGUGGUGCACAUGAAUUUUGUUUUGUAAUGACAUUCUUCAUAUUGUUUUAGUUGGUCGCUUUGAAGGUUCUUUAAUGUAGUCGUGCCUUUGCUACUCUUCAUAAUCCACCGCUUGGCACAGCAUCGUGUCGCUUGUUUUUUACUUUUAGGUGUUUAUUUUGCAGAUCACUCUUUUUUCUUAGCACAUUGCACAAUUCACAUUGAGCUUUUUUUGUGUGAUAUCUCUUGGUGUUUUUUAUGAGCUUCGAUCAGUUUACAUUCCCCUAGCCACUGAUUCAGUGUAAUAUUGAACGUUGGACCUUUAAAAUGCUUGUCUUAAAUAAAACGCAUGGUAGUUCAACGCAUGGAACCACGCAUGGUAGUUCAAGUUGACCUCAAGCCAUGCACCAUAGCACACUUCAUUGCCAUAGUGUAGCUGUAGGGCGUGUAGCUCAACUCACAUGUUCUGUUAACUGUACUUCAGUAUCAUUUGGCUUAUGUUAGCCUUAAAUAACCUCAUUUGUACACUACAUGCAUUACGAAUGUCUAGGGAAAACACUAGUUAGGCUAGUCAUUGUGGUGUAACUUUUGCAUGAUUAUUUUACUGAGAGAAUGUAUGAAGAGCUGAGUGAAAAAAAGUGGCUGACGGGGGCGCUGGCGUCCUUGUGUGUAGCAUUUCUUGAAUGUGCAUGUGGAUACUUCCAUCUGUGCCUGUACUUGCUUGGUUAUGUUAUGUUACUCGGGUGUGCAUAUAUUACCGCGUCUCUAAAAAAUUAUACAGGGUACACGCCAGUAGUAAGUCUUGCAUCCUCAUAAGUUUUGAAGACCUGUUUAGUAAAGAUUUUCAGAUAUUAUUGACAUGUAUACCUGCCAAGUUUGACGUAAGUGACUCUGAUAUAACGAAAUAUCUUAAAAUGAUUUCUUUCACUUCUACUUCAUCUGCAGAGGCUUCAAGGUGUUUGUAUUGGCUUGCAUCGUAUGUUACACAAUUUUUUCUUUUCAUAUUGGCUUACCUUUGCAUUAUCUCUCCGACAGAGCAGCCUACAUUGUGCGAGCUUGUCACUAAAAGCUGCUGCUAUAUAAAAUGGCGAGGGGUCAACAACGUUGCAAACAGAGCAGUUGCAGAAAUGUAACGUAGGGGUGUGUGAAUAACAAGUUCUCGACAAGUUGUAUACAGAUUGAGUACUGUCAGCGUCAAAUCAAAUGCUGAAAUGCUUCUGCAAGAGUUUUCUGUUUUAAAAGCUGUUUACAUAGUCAACACAAAACACUGUUCACCUUUUAAAACGUCUGUGCUUCUCACAUACAAAGAAAUUGGCAUGUUUAUGCAGGACAUUGACAUCCUAGUAUAGAACAUUCACAACGUUAUCAGCUGUCUUUCCAUCGUACGUUAUCGAGCUGUUUACUGAAUGGGCAACUAGAGCAUCAGGUGUAAAUAAGCAGUUUAUUUACAUAGCCAAACGCGUCUCGUUCAGUCCAAGUGAUCGCAGUCAAGAGGGAAAUGUCUCGCCUCAUAAGUGACGUAGUUCCGCUACGCAACUUCUCCCGUUAAAUAUCUGCUAUAGCCACCUAAAUUAUCUUUUUUUCACUCUAGUUUUACAUUUCCAAGCACUUAAGUUAUACCCUUGUUACACAGGCAAGUUAACCGCAGUUACGGCCAACCACGGUUAACCGCGUUGAACCACGGUUAGCGCCAACCACGGUUCGCCGAUGUUACACGGCGCACAGGCGUCCUCGGUUAAAGCGGACUCGCUUUGGCGUGAAUGGCUCUGCGUCUGGCGGCAGUCUGGCGUUCAACUCGGUUGCCAUUGCCGCGUCCACAUUCGCAUUCCUUGAGGUGCUCUGUAGAUGACGCAUAUCGUUUUCCCAAAGCCUAAUCAGGCUUUCCGUGGCUCGUGCAGGUCAAUUUGUUCGUUUUUCACGAAUGCUCGCGGCGUGAACACACCCUCCAUGGAGGCCACCAUUUUCUCUGUUAACUGCCAAACCGAGGUCGCCAAGCUCGGUGUGGUACAACCGCGGUUAGCGGCAUAACUGCGGUUUCACAUACCGUGUAACAUAAGCGAACCGCGGUUACACUAACCGAGCCUUAAGCUGUCUGUGUAACAAGGGUAUUAUUCAGGAACUGUUCAAGAAAGGUUUAUAUUCAUGGACACAGUUAAACCUGCUUAUGUAAUGAACUUCAAUCUAACAAAGUUCUCGAUACAAUGAAGUAUUUCAGUUGUAACUGUUUACUUUGAAGCACAGAUUACCUUGACUCUUCACAGACGGGUCAAGGGUCAAUCUAUGCUGAGAGGAAUUUGUCUCUGUUUCACAUAAGGUGUGGUCUUUACAUACCAAUGCAGUACACUUGAGGAUGCAUUUUUUUGCAUAAAAAGCACAUAUUGCCAUGUAUUUAUCAGGCGCUUAAUUCAAAACAGCGUGAUGAAUUCAAUAUAGCUCAUUUUCAUAGCAAACCUGAUACAUGCACUACAUUCCAGAAGAAGGCAUGAAAGUGUGAAAAAGUAUGCUCUGUGUGUUCAAGCUUCCAAGAUAUUCCCUGGUAGGCUUGUUUUGUGUUGCGGUCUCAUUUUAAAACUAGCAUGAAGCUUUGUUAUGCUGCACAACAUUGUUAGUGAUUUAUGGACAAUUUUGCUUAUGGUUAGAAUGUUUGCCUUGUCAGUGUGAUAGAAAAACAUGCAAAAAAAGAAGGCACCUGUGCUUUUUUUGCAUCUUUAUUUUCAUAAAGGGUACUUGCACUUUUAGCAGUGUUUCGCUACUACAGUCAUUGUUGAAGUCACUACUAUGUGGCACAUUUAGUCAUGUUAAUGUGGUUUUUUUUGCACGUGUUCUUAGUCUCAGCUGCUCAAUAAUGGAUAACUGCAUUAUGCUGUUAGUAUAAACAUGCUGUGAUCACAAUUGUAGCCCUAAAAGCUUGUUGCUUUCUUGCACCUGUAUUUAAAUAUUGUGCACGGAAUAAAGUCGCAGUUGCGUUGUUCGCUGA